CAUAAUUCACCUCGUCACCAGAUCUGUGCCCCGUUGGGAACACCUCAGUUUUUGUCCCUCUGACUAGCAGUCGCUCCACAGUUGCUUUGCUUUUGACAACAUGGACGAGUCAAACAGAAGAAUUGUUAUCUUGGGGAAAACUGGAUGUGGGAAAAGCAGCCUGGCUAACACCAUAUUUGGAGAGAAACUGUUCACAUCUAAUACUACUGCCAGUUCUGAAACAAGUAAAUGUCAAGCAGAAACCAAACUCGUCAGUGGAAGAAGCCUCACUCUGAUCGACUCUCCUGGUUUCUUCGACACAGAGACAUCUGAGGAGGAGCUGACGCCUGAGAUAAUGAAGUUUAUCACACAGUGCGCUCCUGGGCCCCAUGCUUUUCUCAUUGUGUUUAAAGUGGAUAAAUUCACAAAACAAGAACAGGCCGUCAUCAAAAAAAUAAGCCAAUGUUUUUCUGAAGAAGUCUUCAAAUACGCAACAGUUCUCUUCACUCAUGGUGAAUCACUCGAAGAAGGACAGACAGUUGAGGAGUAUUUCCAGCAGAACCAGGUUGCGAGUGAUCUGUUGAAGAAGUGCGGAGGCCGCUGCCACGUCUUAGAUAAUAAAUACUGGAAGAACAACCAGCAGGAAGAAUACAGGAGCAAUCAGUUCCAGGUGAAGGAGCUACUAAAGACAAUAGAUGAGAUGGUAGAAGCAAACAAAGGAAGCUGCUACACCAAUGAGAUGCUGCAAGCAGUGGAGAAACAAAUACAACAAGAGGAGAAGCUCAUUAGACAGUCAUCAGCAAACAUGUCAAAGGAAGAAGUCAGAGAGCAAGCUAAAGACAGAGUGUUUAAAAGGGUUAUGAUCAAACUGGCAGGCAUUGCAACAGGUGUAUUGUUAGGAGCUCUUUUUGGCGCAGUAACGAUGGUUGGAGAAGUUCUCUUAUUAGUGUUGAAGAGAAGGUUUUCAAUAGCAGAAGCAGUAUGGUUUGUUGCAGUGGGAGCAGUGAAAGGAGGUGUUGCAGGGUAUCAUGCAGCUGAGGGAGCCGACACAGCAUGGGAAGCAGCACAGAGAGCAGCAAAGGCUGUCAUGGAUCAAGCACUGGCUCCCUGGGAAGAGCUCUUGUCGAACAAUGAAAACCCUGACUCAAAGAAAGAGAAUUGA